AUAUUUUAAGAUUUUUUUUCUAAUUGUCUUUCCCAUUUAUUUUUUCUAAUAAGUUUUCCCAUAUAGUUUAGGAGUAACAUUAAUUCUCUUAUUAUUUUCACAGAAAAAGGAAACUACACGUUACUUAUUUCAUAUUCCUACCGCCUACGUAGUUUUUUUCUCAAGUCCUUUUCCUUUCUUUCAAAUCCUAUUCCUUGUCGGAUUUGAAUUUGUUUCUUCUUUAAAUAAAUUAAAAGUUUGCAAAUCAAAUUGACAAAUCAAAAUCAAAACCAAAACUAAAACUAAAACCAUGGAUGAAGUGAAACAAAUAACAGAGAAGCUACGGAACAAUCGAGCCCAAUAUAUGGAUCGACGUAAAUUUUUCAAUAAAUUAGAGAUAGAACAGAGUAAAAAACGUGAAGAAGAAAAACGUGAAGUCGAAGCGAAAUCCCAGCAACAUAAUAAUCAUAAAUCUUACUUGUCAACCGAUAAUAUCAAAUCGGAAUCUUCUUCAUUAAUUUCCCUUCCGCUACAACAAGUUGUUCGCCGCCUUAGGGUUUUGAAACAUCCUGUAACUUUAUUCGGAGAAGAUGAAGAGGCAAGGUUUGCUAGGUUGAAUCUUGUGUUGAAAGCUGGAUUGUUUGAAGUUGAUGAAAGUGAUAUGACGGAAGGGCAAACAAAUGACUUUUUGCGAGAUAUGUUGGAAUUGAAGAAGUCACGGAUGUUGAAGCGGAAAGCCACAGAUCAGGAUAAAGAUGGUGAAGAUUUGAAGAGGAUGAAAACUAAUUUUGAGGAUUUGUGUGAUGAGGAUAAGAUUUUGGUGUUUUACAAAAAGUUGUUGAAUGAGUGGAAUCAAGAGCUUGAUGAUAUGAGUUCUGAGGCUAAAAACCAGACAGUGGUGGCUACUUUGAUGCAGUGUGCUAGGGAUUUGAAUCCGUUAUUUGAUUUAUGCAGGAAAAGGUUACUUAAUCAUGACAUUAGGAAAGCAUUAGUUGUGAUGGUUGAAUGUUGUAUGAAUAGAGAAUAUAGUGCUGCAAUGGAUCAAUAUCUUAAUAAGAUAGCAAUUGGUAAUGCACCUUGGCCUAUUGGUGUUACUAUGGUUGGUAUUCAUGAACGAUCAGCACGUGAGAAGAUUCACACAAAUAGUGUUGCUCAUGUCAUGAAUGAUGAGACAACUAGGAAGCUUCUGCAUUCAGUUAAAAGACUGGUGACAUUCUGCCAACGACGCUACCCAACAAUGCCAUCCAAAUGUAUGGAGUUCAAUAGCCUUGCAAAUAGCAGUGACUUGCACUCUCUGCGUGCACAAGAAUCGACUUGUCAAGGCUUCCAAUGCCUAGGUCUGUACAAGGAAUUUCUCUUCUAA